GACCAGUAAAAAUUGUUUGAACUGGUCUAAAGAAUAUUUGAAGGAGAAAUUGACUAAUCUUAAAGUUGAAAAUAACGGUAUCAAUGUUCAAACAAAUGAUUUGGUAGAAUGUUCAGGUGAUGCCGAAUUAAAUCAAAGAAAAGGGAAAUUGAUUCCUAUUAUUGAUUUAAUGCUAGAAUUAACUUGGUCAGGCAACAUUACUGAUGGUAUUGAAGCUAAAGGCACGAUUAAAAUUCCUGAAUUGGAGGCUGGAUCAGAAGAAGACUGUGAGUUCGUGAUUACAGUUGAAGAGGAAGAUAACACGAAAAUUCCAAUUAAAAAAAUUGUACGCGAAAAUUUAAUUCCUUUGUUGAAAGAUAAUCUUAAGAAUCUCGGAAAAGAUAUGGUUGAGACUCAUAGUAAAGACGUUAAGAUUGAAUCUUCUCAUCUUGGACCUGCAACUCCUCCGAGGGCAGUUACACCAAUUGACCCUGCUCAAAGAAGUGCGACAUCAACUCCUCCUCGUUCCGUAACACCGGAUAUUGGUAUAAAGAAAACUCAGAAAAUCGUUAACACGACCAAUAUUAGUGAAAUAGUUGAAUUACAAACUUCAGCUGAACAAAUUUAUGAAACAUUAUUUGACCCUGGUCGUGUCGCAGCUUGGACAAGAUCUAGACCUGACAUAUUUAGACAUAUUGGUAGUACUUUUAGCUUAUUCGAGGGAAAUGUUACGGGAAAUAUUUUGGAAUUAGUUCCAAAUGAAAAGAUUGUACAGACAUGGCGCCUAAAAACUUGGCCAGAAGGACAUUUCUCUACUGUUACUAUGAGAUUUGAACAAGCUAGUGAUCACACCCGUGUUCACAUUAUGCAAGAAGGAGUCCCUGUUGGAGAAGUAGAUUCCGUUCGCAAUAACUGGCAAUCAUACUAUUGGAAUCCCAUUAAAAGUGUUUUCGGGUAUGGAUCAAUAUCAUCAAUUCCACAAAAAUCCAAGCCUCGUAAAAUUAAAAAUAAACGGGGUAGUGGUGAGAAAAAUAAUAGUUCGGGUGGCGGUGGUAAUGGUAGUAUUGUAUUUACGGUAGCCAUUGUACUGACUGCUAUUGUUUUGGGAUACGCGUUUCUAUCACGUUCUUCUAAUAUGUAG